UAACCACUUCGCCGCUGGAGGAGCGGCACAGCCCGGCGCGCUCAGCCCGGGAGCGGGGGAGCUGCGCUGCCCGCGGGGAUCAGAGAGGGGGCAGAUCGCAGGGAGCCCCUGCCCGCGGCAGCGCCUGGCCCGGCUGAGCUCCGGCAGUCCCCAGGCAUCCCUGCCAGACCUGCGAGGGGCCGAGCCUGCCCUGUCACCCUGCUGUCACCUGGCUCUGCUGUCACCAGUGCCCCGCUACCGGCAGAGCCAGGCUGGCAGCGGGGCUCGGCACAGAAACAGGAAGGACCUGACAGACCUCCCCAAAGAGCAUCGAUGUCGCCGCGCCUGCUCAGGGCGGUGGGCUGGGGCUCGGCGGCCGUGCUGGGUGUGCUGGCGGCGGCCGUUUUCGUCCUGGUCCUGACCCCGGCAAAGGAUGCUGUCCUUCCUACCAGGAUCAAAUACGGUCUGGUGUUUGAUGCUGGCUCCACACACACRUCCCUCUACAUCUACCGGUGGCCCGCGGACAAGGAGAACGGUACCGGCAUUGUGUCCCAGGUGGAGGCCUGUUCUGUGUCUGGACCUGGCAUCUCCAGCUAUGCGGACGACCCUGCGGGAGCUGGCGCCAGCCUGAAGCCUUGCCUGGACAAGGCCAUGGAGAUYGUCCCGGCCGAGCAGCAGCGGGAGACGCCCACGUACCUGGGGGCCACGGCCGGCAUGCGGCUGCUGAGGAAGGAGAACAGCACCAAGGCUGAGCGGGUCUUUGCCGAGGUGUCCAAGGCCAUCGGGGAGUACCCCGUGGAUUUCCGUGGCGCUCGGAUCCUGACGGGCAGCGAGGAGGGCUCCUUUGGCUGGAUCACUGUCAACUACCUGCUGGGGACACUCGUCAAGUUCUCCUUUGCAGGAAUUUGGGAACAKCCCCAGGACACCGAGAUUCUGGGGGCUCUGGACCUGGGCGGUGCCUCGACACAAAUCACCUUCCAGCCCGGGGUGGCCGUGGAGGACAGGAACACGUCCGUGUUCUUCCGGCUCUACGGCACCAACUACUCCCUGUACAGCCACAGCUACCUGUGCUACGGGCAGAGCCAGGCCCUGAAGAUGCUGCUGGCAGCUCUGCAYCAGGCCAGCCGGAGUGCCCAGUUCUCCCACCCCUGCUACCCCCGUGGSUACCAGGAGAACGUCACUGUGGCAGAGCUCUAUGACAGCCCCUGUGUGCGUGCGCCCAGCUCGGCCAGCCCUGAGCGCGUCCUGACGGUGACGGGGACAGGGGAGCCAGCCRCGUGUGGCACGGCCGUCCGGACACUCUUCAACUUCAGCUGCGGGGCGCAGUGGCCRUGYGGCUUCAACGGGGUCUAUCARCCCCCCGUCAGGGGACAGUUCUUCGCCUUCUCGGCGUUUUACCACACSCUUCACUUUCUGAACCUGACAGGAGGGCAGUCCCUGAGCUCKGUCAAUGACACCAUCACACACAUCUGUAACAGCAGCUGGGAGCAGGUGCAGAAGUUGUUCCCCUUGGCAAGCAGGACCCAGCUCCGUGAUGUCUGCUCAGCCAGCUCCUACACCCUCACCCUGCUCCUGCAAGGCUACAAAUUCAACCACACAACGUGGCCCAACAUCCACUUCACCCAGCAGGUUGCUAAURUAGACGUGGGCUGGACUCUGGGCUACAUGCUCAAUCUCACCAACAUGAUCCCGUCAGAGCCUGCRCCGGCAGUUGUGGGGCUCCAGAGAAGCAGCUGGCUAGCAGCCACAGCUGUCCUGGCCAUCAUGCUCAUCCUCACCUUCUGCCUGCUCACAGCCAUGUGCUGCCACAGACACUCCUCAGGCUAUGAACAUCUGUAGUGGUGCUGCCUCGGGAGGCCACUGAGUCCUGCUGCCCCACCCGAGCGAGGAGCUGCUCUGUGGGGAUCACCCCGCUGUGCCCAGGGGCCAGGAAUUGUCCUGGGGGGCUCUGAGUCCCGCUCUGGUGGGCUGUAGCUGGCCCAGCUGUAAAGCCUCCUCCCCACAGCUGUGUGCCCUCUGGUUUUCCUUUGCCACGCUACUGUUGGGGAUGCUCCAGGAGGGAGCUCAGCACACGGGGUCAGCGCUGUGGGGUGGCUGCAAUGGGGCUCAGGGGGGCUGUCACAGCGCUGCUCACAGCCUCCAGCAGAAACCCCCACAUGAGUGGGGCUCAUGUGUCCUGCCCUGUCCCAGGGGCUGCAUCUCCCACGGGCAGGGCUGGCCCCAGGGGCUGCGGCAUCAGGGAUGGGGGGAUGCUGGCCUGGUGGACAGAGCUCAGGCUCUGUGGUGGGGGAAUGCACAACCCCCCACUCUCCAGCAUGAGGUUCCCUCAAGUCCAGCUGCAGCCCAUGCCCUGUGCCUUGCAAAGAGCUCAUCCUCCCUUUCCAGCACUCAGAGUGGUUUGGGAACACUGCUGGGACAUCAGAGGCAGCUCCCAGGGCCCCCCUCACAUUUUUGGGAAGUCCCGCUGGCAGCCAAGCGAUGGGUGAGGUAAGACACCUGCUCUCAGAAGGAACAGGCCUGUCCUCAUGCCUGUCUGGCUCCUCUCCAAGCUCCAGCAGAUGCCUCUGUGUCUCCAGGGACACCUCCCGUGGAUUCAAGCRAUAUUGCCCCUCCCCUGAGUCUCUGUUGUUGCCACCAGCCCUUACCUGGGAGAAGGAAGGAAUAAAAUC